AUGGCGGAAGAACUUCCAUUUGCACCAAGCAAGAUGUGUCCACGAAGCGACGAAGAGAUUGCCACGUUCAAAGCACUAAAAAAGGAAAGAAGUGGGAAAUGUUUCGUUUACAUAUUCGCCGGAGUUGUCACCCUGAGCAUCAUCGUACUGGUCUUCGCCUUGAUCGUCUUACGUGUCAAAAUCCCCGACGUCAAACUGCGGUCGAUCACGGUGAAAAAUCUCAAGUACCAAGGCAAUAACUCAGAAUCGCCCUCUUUUAACGCAACUUUUGUCGCCGAGGUGACAAUUAAGAACACAAAUUUUGGUCGGUUCAAAUUUGAUGACAGCACGUUGAGUGUGCUGUACGGUGGCGUGAACGUCGGUGACAGAAAGAUGGGGCACGGGCGGGUGAAAGCAAGAGAAACCCAAGGGAUGAAUUUUACAGUAGAAGUGAGAUCUAAUAGGGUAAUGGAUGCGAGGAAUCUUAGCCGUGAGAUUGAAGGAGGGAUGGUGAAACUGAGUAGCUAUGCAAGGUUGAGUGGGAGAGUGAAUUUGAUGAAUAUUGUAAGGAAGAGGAAGAUCACAGAAAUGAACUGCACAAUGACUCUUGAUUUGGCAAACCAUGCCUUCCGGGAUCUUCGAUGCUUCUAA